UGGUCAAAAAAAACAAUACAUAAAAGGCUUAUUUUGGUGGAAAACGUUUUCCUAGAUUUUUAGUCGGAAGACAUUUUCCAGGUCUCCCUCUCUCCCCUAUCUCUCUCGUCUCUCACCCCUUUUGUUUAGGUUAAAAUCCCUAAUUCCAGUAUUCCACAACUCUGAUCUCUGCGUCGUUGCGAUCUGCGAAGGCUGAAGCGGAAGAGCGACCACUCUGACCAGCGACCGGCACUACAUCAACAACGGCAACUGGCAGUUUGGCCUUCUCCCAGUCACCCUACUCCGGUCUCUGUACUCGGCUUUUGAGUUUUGACAGUUCGAGAAUCCCUUCUCAGUUCUCCGGUCGACGUCUCUGGCAUACGGCAGUAGCUUCUCCCUUCUCCAGUUCUCCGUUCGGCACUCCGGCAUACGGGCUACGGCAGUAGCUCCACUGCUCCAGGUAAACAUUAUCUCACAUUCUCACUAAACAAUUUUUAGUAAUUAGUUACUGAUACAUGCUUGGGACCAGGAUUUUAGGAAGUCUUAUUUUAUUAUAUUACAUAGUUUAGAUAUUAAUAAAUUACUAAAUAGUUAUUUAGAAACUAAUAAAUAGUUAUUUAGAAAUUACUAAAUAGUUACUCUAAAUAAACUAGAAGAUUUCAGCAGAUUACUUAGCUUAUUUAGCCAUUCUAUGAGUUGUAUUUUACCCUAUAAAAAGGGAGUAUUAUUGAGAAUAAUGGAAGCAGAAAUUGAAUCCCAAAUUGGGUCUAAGGGAGUUUUGGGUCUCAAGCAAACCCAGUGUUUUCUUCUCUUUAUUUUCCAAUUGUUAUUCUCUAUUCAAUUCUCCUUAUGUUUUCUGGCCCGUGACGUGAGAACACAACAUUGGUUCCGUUGCCGGCGUCAUGGGCAUCACUCAGUCGGAGUUUGAAGCUCUCACAGAAAUAGCGACUGUGUUGAAACACUUAGACAAAGUUUUACGCAAACUUUCCGCUGACCUGAAGGACUUGCGUCCGCCGAUUCUCUCCAAAAUUCAGCAAACAAAGGAUGAGGCUACUUCACUUGAAUCAUCAACAAUCAUUGUUGACCACCCACAUGUGGAGAUAGUGCCGAUGCAAGCCAACGUUUCAGUCGAUCAACCUCAUGUUGAUUCAACACAAAAGGCGGUUGACUCUACUGAAAUUGAGGUUGUGCCCUUUCCAAAAACCGUCCUAUGCGUGGGAGGGUUAUUUCACCACUCUCCAACCCCAUCUCAUUUAAGGGUUGUGUUGUACGGUAUUGGUGAGCCUUCAUCUUUGGUGUCUCUCUCAUCAUCCAAUGUUGCUGUUCCAACUAAAUCCUUCAAAGGAGGAUGUCCAAGUUUGGGGUCUUCCUCACCACUGUUUGCUCCUCCAUUGAUAUGUAGAAUGCCAGUUGAGGUUCUUCCAUUUGUACAUCUUUUGAGGAGGCCAUUCGAUCGUGGGAGGUGUUGGCUAUGGCUGCACGAGGUUAUCAAGCUUGAGGACAAGCUUGUGGUCCAAGAGGGGAGUAAUAAUACAUGCUUGGGACCAGGAUUUUAGGAAGUCUUAUUUUAUUAUAUUACAUAGUUUAGAUAUUAAUAAAUUACUAAAUAGUUAUUUAGAAACUAAUAAAUAGUUAUUUAGAAAUUACUAAAUAGUUACUCUAAAUAAACUAGAAGAUUUCAGCAGAUUACUUAGCUUAUUUAGCCAUUCUAUGAGUUGUAUUUUACCCUAUAAAAAGGGAGUAUUAUUGAGAAUAAUGGAAGCAGAAAUUGAAUCCCAAAUUGGGUCUAAGGGAGUUUUGGGUCUCAAGCAAACCCAGUGUUUUCUUCUCUUUAUUUUCCAAUUGUUAUUCUCUAUUCAAUUUUCCUUAUGUUUUCUGGCCCGUGACGUGAGAACACAACAGUUACUCAUUGUGUUGGAAGAAUGGAAGUUGGAACUUGAAUGAAUUAGAACAUUUUAAAUUUUUAUGUACUAAUUUUGUGUAAUUGUGUAAAUAUUUGGUUAUUUGUGUAA